CUUCCUUCCUUUUUAAAGGAGGUAUGGCCAGAAAGGGAGGUCGCUGGGUAUUCCCAGUUAAGGCUGCUGUACCAGUGGCCUGGCCUUGGUUGUGGUUGGCAGCAGAAAUGAGGGUGUAGGGACAGACAGAUAUUUCAAAGAAUUCCAGUUUGGGAAAGUUGUAGGAUAUGCUCUAAACCUCUGAGCCAUCUCUCCAGACUCCUUUUUCUUACAUUACUAGCAAAUGAGCACUCCCCAAGCUUGAGCUGUACUGGGCACAUGGGGAAGGUGAUAGCUGAACAGAGAAAUAGGCUCCAGGUGGCUGCAGCCUGGUCUGCAUGUGAGUAAAGUCCUGGAAGGCUCGGCACUGCCAGUGGUAACUAGUUAGAGCCGCUCUCUUCCCUGCUGAGGGAAUUGGCAUGAGGGCGUGAAAAGAGCCCCUUGGAGAUGGCCAUGGGUUCAGCUCCAGUGUGCCACCACCUAGCUGAGUGACCUUGAGCAAAUGUCAUUAUGUUUCUGGGUCUAUUUAUAAAAUGGGGAAGAGUUGGCAUGGGUUUGGAGAUUUCUCAGGCUCCACCCGGUUCUGAAAUUCGGCAAUUUCUCAACUAGGGUGCAUCCAUCUUGCGAAGGGUUAGUUAGGGAGGCCCCUGGUGAGAAACUACCAUCAGUCCGUCGCAGAAUCUGUUGGGCUAGGACAAAGCCAUGCCCUUUGGGAAGAAACUUUGAAAGCCAGAUCGUCCUUCGCCAGGAGCAAGGCUAGGGUUCUAGUUGCCAUCCCUGGGGCCAGAGACCUUGCUGGGCAAGACGCGUCAAGUGCAUAGCAUUGCAGCAACGCUGAGGCAGGGGCACAGCCCACCUUCCCAUCUCCUGGGUGUGUCCCAGAGUUGCUUGCCUCUGCUCUUGACUACUCUGGCUGCCGGCAGUGGCAGAGUGACACCCUAGGUGCCCAGGACAGGCUGGGAAAGGGGCAAAGGCGGAGCAAAGUCCGGGGUAGGAGUGGGCAGGAGGGAGCGAGCGCGGUAGGCACUGGGAGCAGCUGGAGGGGAGGAGAUCCUGCUCGGGGAAGCCCUGCGGGUGCGGCUCUACAACACCCCCUCCUCCCGGUCGGUUAUUUCGGACCCCGGGACCCGAUCCCGGGUCCGGCUUGGGGAGCCUAGCAGGUAUGGAAGCUGCUAUAUUUAGCCUGCGCGACGGGCGAGAGGAAAACUAUUUAUAGAUCAAACAAUCCGCACUCCCUGCGUCAAUGGAACCCCGCGUGCGUCACGCGCACAGACAUUCCAGGCCCCCCCUCUUCGCCCCGCCCCCUCGGGCUCCCCGUCCCUGCGCCUCCUCCUGGCCGCCUCCCGCCGGAACCGCGCCGCCCCCCGCGCCCUUGUAUGGCCAAAGCUCGCCGGGCCGCGUGCGUCAGUGGCGCCCCCGCCCCUCCCCAUGCGUCACGGAGCGCUUAAGAGGAGGGUCGGGCUCGCCAGGGGAGCCCCAGUGCAGGAGGCGGUGAAAGUUGGGGGAGUGUGCGAGAAGGACUGCGGAGCGCACGCGGGACCGGGCUGCGACUGGGUCGCUGGUCCCGGCCAGGGGGAACAGCAGUCAGUCGGAGAUGCCCUGUAUCCAGGCCCAAUAUGGAACACCAGCAACAAGCCCAGGACCGCGUGACUACCUGACGAGUGACCCCCUGGCCCUUGAGUUCAGCAAGCCUACCAUGGACCUGGCCAGCCCUGAGGCAGCGCCCACUGCACCCACUACCCUGCCCAGCUUCAGCACCUUCAUGGACGGGUACGCUGGAGAGUUUGACACCUUCCUGUACCAGCUGCCGGGGACAACCCAGCCAUGCUCCUCAGCUUCUUCGUCAGCUUCCUCCACGUCUUCUUCCUCAUCCUCAGCCACCUCUCCCGCCUCUGCUUCCUUCAAGUUCGAGGACUUCCAGGUGUAUGGCUGUUACCCCGGCACCCUGAGUGGCCCAUUAGAUGAGACCCUGUCCUCCAGCGGCUCCGAUUACUAUGGCAGUCCCUGCUCAGCCCCCUCGCCAUCUACACCCAGCUUCCAACCACCCCAGCUCUCUCCCUGGGAUGGCUCAUUUGGCCACUUCUCCCCCAGCCAGACUUAUGAAGGCCUUCGGGCGUGGACAGAGCAGUUGCCUAAGGCUUCUGGGCCUCCACCACCUCCAACCUUCUUCUCCUUCAGUCCCCCAACGGGUCCCAGCCCCAGCCUGGCCCAGAGUUCUCUCAAGCUCUUCUCGCCUCCAUCCACCCACCAGCUUGGGAAGGGAGAGAGCUAUUCCAUGCCAGCGGCUUUCCCUGGCUUGUCACCCACUUCUCCGAACCUUGACACUUCCGGGAUUCUGGAUGCACCUGUGACUUCCACCAAGGCCCGGAGUGGGGCUUCAGGUGGCAGUGAAGGCCGCUGUGCUGUUUGUGGGGACAACGCUUCCUGCCAGCAUUACGGGGUCCGCACCUGUGAGGGCUGCAAGGGUUUCUUCAAGCGUACAGUGCAGAAAAGUGCCAAGUACAUCUGCCUGGCAAACAAGGACUGCCCUGUGGACAAGAGGCGGCGGAACCGCUGCCAGUUCUGUCGCUUCCAGAAGUGCCUGGCUGUGGGCAUGGUGAAGGAAGUUGUCCGGACAGACAGCCUAAAGGGGCGGCGUGGCCGGCUGCCUUCCAAACCCAAACAACCCCCGGACGCCCCUCCUACCAAUCUCCUUACUUCUCUCAUCCGGGCACAUUUGGACUCUGGGCCUAGCACUGCCAAGUUGGAUUAUUCCAAGUUCCAGGAGCUGGUGCUGCCCCGCUUCGGGAAGGAAGAUGCAGGCGAUGUGCAGCAGUUUUAUGACUUGCUCACGGGUUCCCUGGAAGUUACCCGAAAAUGGGCAGAGAAGAUCCCUGGCUUUGCCCAGCUUUCCUCUGGAGACCAAGAUCUGCUGCUGGAGUCAGCCUUCCUGGAACUCUUCGUUCUCCGCCUGGCUUACCGAUCUAAGCCUGGUGAAGGGAAGCUCGUCUUUUGCUCAGGCCUGGUGCUACACCGGCUGCAGUGUGCCCGAGGCUUUGGCACCUGGAUUGACAGCAUCCUAGCCUUCUCACGGUCCCUGCAUAGCUUGGCUGUUGAUGUCCCUGCCUUUGCCUGCCUGUCUGCUCUGGUCCUUAUCACUGACCGACACGGGCUACAGGAUCCUCGGCGCGUGGAGGAGAUGCAGAAUUGCAUUGUCAGCUGCCUGAAGGAGCACAUGGCUACUGUGUUGGGAGAGCCACAGCCAGCCAGCUGCCUGUCUCGUCUUCUGGGCAAACUGCCUGAGCUUCGGACCCUGUGCACCCAAGGCCGGCAGCGCAUCUUAUACCUCAAGCUGGAGGACUUGGUGCCCCCUCCACCUAUUGUGGACAAGAUCUUUAUGGACACGUUGUCUUUCUGAUCCCUACCCGAACGUGUGCACACAUGUGUGUGCUCUCUCAUGUCACCCAUGUGCCUUUAAGUCCACGGAUCCCCAAAACACCCCGCUCCCAGCCUGGUUUUGAGCUAAGACCGACUUGCCUCCUCACUCCAGAAGAUGUACAGGGCGCUCAAGAUCUGGGGGAGGGUGUGUAUUCAUGGGGGUGACCCCACUAUUUGUCUUAUCCCUGUAGCUCAGUCCUGGCCUUCGUGGUUCUUUUGUAAGAUACACAUUUUUAACACGUGCCACUCUGCUGUAAAUGAGCUGACGUUGCUGUAAAUACAGAAAGGAAGAGGUGAGGUGGGGAUUGGGAGGAAGGGAUGGGGCCCUCACCAGCCUGGGCAAGCCUUUCAGCCUCCACCUUGAGAUCUCUUCUACUUUCCUUCCACAUGUACAUAGCUGUCACUCAAGGUGAAUGGCAGAUUCUGAUUUAUAUUUGUGUAUUUUUCCUGGAUUUAUAGGAUGUGACUUUUCUGAUUAAUAUAUUUAAUAUAUUGAAUAAAAAAAUAGACAUGUAACUGAAA